UCUCGUUGAGUUCUUCUUUGAACUUCAUCUGCGUCUUUUUGUAAGUCUUAUUAUAUCCAGGCCAUUUACCUCUUCAUCAUCCGAGAGUAGUUCUCAUAAACUCUAUCUCUCUCGUUUUUCUCUCUCUGUCUCACCCUCUCUUUACUUCAUUCAUGGCGUACCACAACCACCUCUCCCAAGACAUCCCUCUCCAGCAUUUCACGGACCAAUCCCAACAACAGGAACCGCAAAACCGAGGCUUGCCUGACAACAAUUCCUUGCGCACCAUCGACCAACUCGCCGCCCACUCAACCACCUCUGACCCGACCUCUAAACCCGGCUCCAACCACCACCACCACCACCCCUUGCAAACCGCACCCAAUUGGCUCAACAACGCCCUUCUCCGCACCCAAGCCCAGUACAACGACACCACCACCACUACCACCAACAAUAACAUUAACAGCACCAAUUUCUUGAACCUCCACACCGCCUCUGAUUCUACCGCCGUCUCCCAAUCUUCGAACCAAUGGCUGUCCCGCCCCAUCCUUCACCGCAACAACAGUAACGUAAUCGACGACGUUGCCGCCGGCGGUAACUCCAUGAUUGCCGCCACCAUGUCCCACGAAUCGGCCGAGAACUUGAAGAACAGCGGCGGUAGCGACAACCUCAACCUCAACAGCAGCAACCCGAAAAAGAGCGAGGGAGCCGUAGGAGUGGGAGUUGUGGUUGAGAGCGGGGAACAUGGAGUGAUGAACUGGCAGAAUGCAAGGUACAUGGCCGAGAUUCUGGCCCAUCCGCUUUACGAGCAGUUGCUCUCCGCCCACGUGGCAUGCCUCCGGAUCGCUACGCCGGUGGACCAGUUGCCCAGGAUCGACGCCCAGCUUGCCCAGUCCCAGAAUGUGGUCGCCAAAUUCUCGGCUCUCGGACAUGGUUCUACGGGCAUGGUUGGGGACGAUAAGGAGCUCGAUCAGUUCUUGACACAUUAUGUUCUGUUGCUUUGCUCCUUUAAAGAACAACUGCAACAACAUGUCCGGGUCCAUGCAAUGGAGGCAGUAAUGGCUUGCUGGGAGAUUGAGCAAUCCUUACAAAGUUUAACAGGAGUCUCUCCAGGUGAAGGUACAGGUGCAACAAUGUCUGAUGAUGAUGAUGACCAAGGAGAUAGUGAUGCCAACUUAUUUGAUGGAAGUUUUGACGGUCCAGAUAGCAUGGGUUUUGGUCCUCUUAUACCAACAGAGACUGAGAGGUCCUUAAUGGAGCGUGUGAGGCAAGAGUUGAAACAUGAACUGAAACAGGGUUACAAGGAGAAAAUUGUAGACAUAAGGGAGGAAAUUUUACGCAAGAGAAGAGCAGGAAAACUUCCUGGAGACACCACCUCGGUAUUAAAAGCAUGGUGGCAAUCACAUUCUAAGUGGCCAUACCCCACUGAGGAAGAUAAGGCAAGGUUGGUACAGGAAACUGGGUUGCAAUUGAAGCAGAUAAAUAAUUGGUUCAUUAAUCAGAGGAAGAGGAACUGGCACAGCAACACCUCGACUUCUACAGUCUUGAAGAGCAAACGCAAGAGAAGUAAUGCAGGUGAAAACACCCGUGAUCGGUUUAUGUAAAUGGAAGGAAGAAAAUUCAAGAACAAUUCCUCGACUGAUCUCUCUCUUCGUGCUUAGUAAUCAAUCCAGCCUACUCCAAAAAUAUUUAUAUUAUAGGCCUUCAUGGUACGACUCUGGGCUCAAGUAAAACACUCGAGGAUGGAGUUGAGAUGAUAAAAUCGGUUCGUGACAUUUCACAAAUUAUAUGUUCAAAGGCUUUACACAGUGUAGCGCAUAUAUAUAUAUAUAUUAUAUGAUGCCAAUCUCAGUAGGAAGUCCAGUAUUUAUGAAUUGUAAUUAAUUCUGAAAAUGGCUUGAAUGCCGUUGACAAGAUUAUGAUUUUUUUUUUUCCUUCUUCCUGCCUAGCUAGCCUGUGAAUACUAAUAGUGAGGGUUAAAUGU